AUGAAGUUCGAAAUCAUGGCUGCAUCGACUUCCUCCAAGAAAUCUCGGGCUCUACUCAUCCCACAUAAGCGCACUCUUUUACCAUCCAACAGGCCAGGUUCCAAGGUAUCCAAAGUCCUCAAUCCUAGCGCCAUCCCCGCAGAAACAAUCAUCAAACAAUCAUACGAAGAGGCCACCGAAGAAAGAAAUAAGCCCAGUUCAAGCGAGCGUAAUAAAAACACAGUUAAAGAUGAAGAAGACUACGAGGCCCAGACCCCACGCUUUGAAGUCUCAUUCUCUAUGCCGCCACAACCCUUCCUUGACCCACCGACUUGGGAAGCGAUGCUGAAACACAGCCGCGAGAGACUAGCAGCACAGUCAGUAGAUGAUGAACUGGAUUCAGGGGCAGACAGGGAAUAUGAAUCAGCUGAGCAAAUGACACAACGAGUGGAGCGCGAGACGGAGUAUGGGUCUAUGGCUAUUCGGGGCCGGUCGAGUGUACGUGGACGUGGGAAGAGGGGGAAGGGGAGAGGCAAUGUCUACUGGGGUGGUAGGCGCUGA